GAAGGCUAGGCGCCAUAGUCACGGUAGUCCUGGCGACAAGAGCCAAGCAACGGGAGUCAACAACAACAACCUAAAUCUAAAGAAAACAAAACUUUUAACGACUUAAAGGGACGAUACAGGGAUAAAAAGAAGUAUUGCCUCAAAGCAUUGGUUGCCAUGGCAACUUCUGGCUACACGGAGGACCUUCAGCCUCAGCAGGCCAACGCAGUAACCAUAGCAACAUCGGCUACCGCCACACCCUCAUCCACAAAGGGCGCACACUUCCUGUCAGAGAUCCCUCCAACGUCUGGAUCAGCCAGCCAAUCGUCCGCCGCCGCUAAAACAGGACAGGACGCACUUUGUUCUCAAGCUCCCCCUACCCAAGCCCAAAGCCAGAAGGCCGUGGUUCUGACCACCCCCACACCACACUACGUCGGCCCUGACAUCCAGCACUCUGUUGUCCAGAAGAGUAAUGGCCAAAGCAGCUCGCCGCAGUACAUCAUAGUGACAGUUACAGAGGGCUCGGUUCACUCCAACGACAGUCUGUCAGACUCCAGCCCGCCUGCCCCCGGCAUCCCCACCCAGGUGGUCCAACCCGUGCAAAACACCACUCAGCAGAGGUCCGUGUUGCAGGCAGCCAAGAGGAUUCAGACCAGCCACAUCAACAACCUGCCAUCUGUUCAUAUUGACCAGGAGGUGGAGCACGUGUACAGCGGGCAGGUUCAGUAUGUGGACGGAGCCACAGACACCACUUUCACCAGCUCCUCCAUUCGAUCGAGCAGCUACCCCUUCUCCGACUCGCCGCUCUACUCCCAGACCCCCCCCGCCUCCUCCUCCACCUUCUACGAGGCCACGGCCAGCUCCAGCGAGUCGGACAUCACCGGAUCUGUCACCUCGCUGCCCGUCGCAGUGGCAACGGCCGGAGCCAACAGCGGGGCGGGAGCCGCCGCUGGAGGAGGCUACGUCAUCCCGGGGGGGUAUGUCCUAGGAGGAGGGGCAGGAGGGGCAGGGCAGAGUUACUCCAGCCCAAACUCGCGAGCGCCACCUGCAACUGUGCAGUGGCUUUGUGAUAACUAUGAGGGGGCCGAGGGGGUGAGUUUACCGCGCUGCACCCUCUACUACCACUACCUGCUGCACUGCCAGGAGCAGAAACUGGAGCCCGUCAACGCCGCGUCCUUUGGAAAACUCAUCAGAUCCGUCUUCAUGGGACUUCGCACACGCAGAUUAGGAACCAGAGGAAACUCUAAGUACCAUUACUACGGCCUGAGGAUCAAGUCCGGCUCUCCUCUGCUCAGACUGAUGGACGAGCAGCAGCACAUGGCCAUGAGGCAGCAGCCGUUCUCACAGAAAAACAGGAUAAAGCCGGUCCAGAAGUCGCCGGCCAUCACCAACGGGACGUCCGGCGGGGCGGGUCAGCAGCAGUCGGGAGCGCUCUGUGACAUUUCCGCCCAGGUGCAACAGUACCAGCAGUUCCUGGAGGCAUCAAGGCCACUGCCAGAGUUUGUGGACAUUGAUCUGCAAGAUCGACCACUCCCUGAAGGGAUUGCUUUGGAACAUCUCAAGGCCUUCCAGAUGCUUUACAGAGAACACUGUGAGGCCAUUCUGGACGUGAUGGUCAACCUCCAGUUCACUCUUGUGGAGACAUUAUGGAAGUCCUUCUGGAGGUUCAGCCAGAACAACGACUCAGAGUCACUCAAUCUGCACAACGAGUCCGAAAAGCGUCUGCCCAAAUCGUGCCUGGUGUUGCUGUGUAAGUUCGAUCCGGUGCUCCGCUGGACGAGAGAGUGCGACAACCUGCUGUACCAGACCCUGGUGGAGAGCCUCAUCCCUGAUGUUCUGAGACCCAUCCCCAGUGCCUUAACUCAGGCCAUCCGCAACUUCGCCAAGAGUCUGGAGAGCUGGCUGACCGGCGCCAUGAUGAACAUCCCAGAGGAGAUGGUUCGCAUCAAGGUGGUGUGCAUUUGCUCCUUCUCCCAGACGCUGCGCCGCUACACCAGCCUGAACCAUCUGGCCCAGGCCGCCCGCGCCGUCCUGCAGAACUCGGCUCAGAUCAAUCAGAUGCUCUCUGACCUCAAUCGCGUUGAUUUCACCAACGUGCAGGAGCAGGCAUCCUGGGUGUGUCAGUGUGACGACCGCAUGGUGCAGAGGCUGGAGCAGGACUUCAAGACCACCCUGCAGCAGCAGAACUCUCUGGAGCAGUGGGCUACCUGGCUGGACAGCGUGGUCUCCCAGGUCCUGAAGCCCUACGAGCAAAACCCCGUGGCUCUUCCCAAGGCCGCCAAGGUCUUCCUGCUCAACUGGUCCUUCUACAGCUCCAUGGUGAUCCGGGACCUGACCCUGCGCAGCGCUGCCAGUUUCGGCUCCUUCCACCUGAUCCGCCUGCUGUACGAUGAGUACAUGUACUACCUGAUAGAGCACAGGGUGGCCCAGGCCAAGGGAGAGACGCCCAUCGCCGUCAUGGGAGAGUUUGCGAGCACGGUCAAGAGCAGAAACUCUCCAGAUCUGGACAAAGAAGAAGAGGAGGACGACGACGACGAGGACAGCGAGGACGACGGCGGCGGCGGCGGCGACCUGGUGGUGCAGUCCAGCUCCCUGAGCGCAGUGGACGAGAAGGACGUGCUGGAGCCGCCCGCCAAGCAGCCCCGGACCAGUCUGAACCUGCACCCCCUGAGCGAGACCCACAGCACGCCGCCGUAGCCCGUCGGCGCGCCUCCGAUCUCAUUUCAGCGCCACAUCGCCGCCGUUCACGGCCAUUCUUUCAUCCUCUGUAUACUUUUGAACCAUGUGUCGUCAACUGUUGGUGAAGUAACGUUAACUUUGUGUUGCCAUUGACCCCUCCCUGUCUGCCUUCAGUUGAUCAGUUACCCCCCCCCCUCGUCCUCUGUGCCUUCCCCGUCCUCUCAGUGGCCGCUCCUGAAUUAUGUAUACUGUAUAACCUUGAUUCUCUCCUUCCCCGCCUUAAUCACUGACCUGAGUGCUGUGGAGAGACGAUCGCGUUCUUCAUUUCCAUCAAAGAUCAUUGCUUUAAAUUCAAAGACUAUGCAGGGGAGCUGGACUUCAGUGAAAAUCUCUAAUUCGUGUUGAGUAGCAUCUAGAAAAACGCUGCACCAUGAUUUCUGAUGGGACUGAUGAAUGAUUGACAGCUAUUUGCGGAUGCCAUAUUUGACUUUUUUUUUUUUGUAUUUUCUUAUUGAUUUGGCCAAUCUACUUGAUACUAUGUGCCUUUGAGAGAUUUCCAGCCUGAAUGAAGCUUCUGUUCUAUAUAUUCUGUAUCGUUGGAUCAAUAAAUGAAGGUCCUGUGAAGUAGUCUUGGUGUUGGUCA